AUGGCAUCGUCACCGAUCGAUAUUCAAAACGAAAAUGUAGCUGUACUUCCAAAGAAAAAUCUGAAAUCGACUAAAGAUCAUACAUACGAUCGUGAUUGGAUCAAUCAAACCAACGCUCGACCAUUCUUACCUAGUGAUCGACAUAUCCUGAAAAAGCCGAUAACUGAUCAUAGCUGUCAGAAACGUUUGAGUAAAUACAAUGGUAUUGUAAAUCGCAUGACACCAGUACAAGUCGAUGAAGAAUUACAAAAACGGCAGUUAUCAACAAAUGGUGAGAUCGAAAUUCGUCGUCUUCGCUUGAAACAUUUCUAUAAAGCACAAAUAACAUUGGGCUUUGAAAGUCCGAUGAAGAUGAUUGAACAACAUUUCGAAUACAUUGCUGUCGUUGAUUUCGAAGCAACAUGUGAGCGCAAUCAAGGAAAUAAUUUUCCACAUGAAAUUAUCGAAUUUCCCAUCGUUCUUAUUGAUGUCCGACAACAAGCGAUCGUUGACAAAUUUAGAUCGUACUGUCGACCAACUAUUAAGCCAAUCUUGUCUGAUUUCUGCACAGAAUUGACUGGUAUUCAACAACAUCAAGUUGACACUGCUCCAACAUUUCCCGAAGUUUUACGAAAUGUUGAAAAUUGGUUGAACGAACGACAUCUUCUCUCUUCCAAUAAACGUCGAUGUGGCUUUGCCACAGAUGGUCCAUGGGAUUUUGCAAAAUUUCUCCGAUUACAAUGCGGUUUCAGUUCAUUGACCUAUCCUCGAUGGGCAAAGAAGUGGAUUAAUGUGCGCAAAGAAUUCUCAAACUUCUAUUCUGUACAACGAUGUGGUAUCAGUAGAAUGUUGCAAAGUCUCGGUCUUGUAUUUGAUGGUCGACAUCAUUCUGGUCUGGAUGACUCUGUCAACAUCGCACGGAUUACAAUUGAAUUAAUCAAGGACGGCUGCGUGAUUUUGUUAAACGAUGGUGUUCGUGCUGCAGAUCCAAAAUUUAUUGAUUUGAAUAGUAUUAGCGAUGAAUUACAAAACGUCAAUGAUGAUGAUGAUGAUGAUAACGAAGCAAUAGUCGAUAAUGACUGA